AUGAUGGCCGAAUUCGUGUCAGGUGCUAUGCCGGUGAGCGGCACCUUCCGGAGCAAUACCAACUUGUCAGUUUUCAAAACUGAGUGGGACGAUUGCUGUGAAAAAAAUAUCUGCAUCGAAAACUCAUGCUACUCUCUCGAAUGGCGAUCGUCUACGUGGGCUGCUGUCCGGCAGCGCUGUCAGAGCAAAUAUCCCCAGUGGCGGAAUUAUGUAGAUCUCUUCACGGUGACUGAUCCUUGGAAGACAGAAAAACUUUUGAACGCCAUGCGCAACUGCACGCUCGGUAUUUUACCAGAAUCUCUGUGGACCAGCGGAAUACUGUGUCCGGGUUCAAAUUCUACAACCUCCCUUUUCACUGCACGAUGGGUUUCCUUGGAAGAGCCAUUCCCGGAUUGGUUGACACCGGAAGCAGUCACUUUGGGAACACUUCCAGAAGUGGUGGACCUUCAAUGCACUUUUUUGAUUCUAUUCACUUCAAUGAACGCUACAUCCAUUCAAUACGAUUUUCAGCCUCAAAACUCUCGCCAUGCAGCCAUCUGCGAAUUUCGUCAUUUUGAACCAGUCGUCACUUCAACACAAAGCGAGAGCUCUCAUUGGUCGGAGAUCUCAGAAACCACUCACCAAGAGAAGGAAUCUACGUCUCCAGUACCAGCCACUUUUGUUCCAAAGACCUUGGGGCCUGCCGAAUGGAAACAAAAUUGGUCAGAAGAUAUUCUUCCUACAAGUUUCAGCUCUUCAUCUAGCCAGCAAACUACAACCGAUAGGACAAUUGCUACAUCUACGGAGCAAAAUAGAGUGUGCAGAGGCAAAGAAGCUGCUGGUAUCAACUGGCCGGAUACCCCUGCUAAUGCGGUGGUGAAUAUGAGCUGUCCUCUUGGGAUGACAGGUUACGCAUAUUGGUUCUGCAAUGGUACAAAUCUCCAAUUCACACCUGAAAUGCCCACCAUCAUCCAUUGCAAACAUACUUGGAUUAAAGAACUCGAAGAUGAUAUGGAAGGCGGAGACGACGCAGUCAAAAUAUCCACGAAACUAGCAGAGGACACUCGUAAUAAGUCACUCUCUCAUGGAGAUGUAGCUGCUUUGGUGAAUCUGUCUGCAAAAUUGUUAAGACUCUACGUGGUUCAGAAAGGAGAAGAGGAGUUGGAAACCACAGAGACUGAUAAAGUACCAGUUCGAUACGCUUUCACCAAGUCCAUGAUCUCUGCUAUGAGUAACAUUUUAAGAGAGCCAGUCAAAAAAGCGUGGGAAAAUCUGUCCAAAAGUCAUCAAACUGAAGUUGCAGCAAAGAUCUUGAACGUUGUAUCAAGGAUUGGAAAUCGCUUAAGUUGUGUAAAGAAAUCCUCUGAUAAAUUGCAAUUCACAGUAGCCAGUGAAAAUAUUGCUUUGCAGACUUUUAUUUUAAAUUCGAGCCAAUCAGAAGCAAACGAAGGGUCCUUCAUUACCUUUCCACAACAGAUCAACAAUAUGACAGUGAAUGAUUUGAUCAGCGUGCCAGAGGAUAUGACAAUGAGGAGCAGGUUUCCCUCCUGUAGAAACUACAACUCGGCAUACGGUAUUCUCUACAACCACGUAGGAGAUUUCCUGAAAGACGAAUUAUCCGAGCGUAAUUCCUGGAGUCAGAUCGCCAGCCGAGUCAUCAGUUUCUCUGUGAGCAACGAUACUGAUUCAGUACCUUUGCCAAGCAAUCAGUACGUUUCAUUUACCCUGGAACACGUUCUUCAAGGAGACGCUCUGCUGUCGCUGACGCCGAGAUGCGUUUUCUGGAACUUCUCCAAGGAACCAUACGGACAAUGGGACUCGAACGGAUGCUUCGUUGUGAACUGGAAUGCAAGUCACACUGUUUGCAAAUGCAAUCACUUGACAAACUUUGCAGUUUUAAUGGAUGUCAAUGAUAAUGUGAAAGACGACACAGUGCUUUCUUUAAUGACGUACAUCUGCUGCGGCGUUUCAUCAUUAGCACUGUUUCUGACGUUAGUCUGCUUCAUAGCAAUAAGGCCCCUGAGAGACCGAAGAGGCAUCAUCACGGGCAAUCUGUGCUUCUCACUUCUAAACACUAAUUUACUUAUUCUUUUUGGAUUGGAUCAGACGAAAAAUAAAAUUGUGUGUGCGUGUAUCGCCGGGUUGCUUCAGUUUUGGCUUCUGUCUGCUUUUUGUUGGAUGCUUUUGGAAGGUUAUCAUCUUUACCGAAUGAUCAUCUUAGUCUUUCAGCGAAGUGCAGAUUUCUCAGUUAAAGUCUAUUACUUCUUUGCAUAUGGUGUCUCUCUUCUGGUGGUUGGCAUUUCAGCUGGUCUUCGUUACGACGACUAUGUUGGAGACAAAUACUGUUGGCUAUCUUCAAAAAACGGGCUUAUCUGGAGUUUUGUCGGACCAGCCUGUUGUAUUAUUUUAGCAAAUUUAGCAAUAUUUAUACUGACCCUUCGAUCUGCGUCUAGCGUCAGAAUCAAAAGGGAAAAGACUGGUGUUGAAAACGUAAAAAGUUGGGUAAAAGGUUCAUUAUCGAUUAUGUGCUUAUUGGGACUGACUUGGUGUUUGGGUCUCUUCUACAUAGAUCAAAAAUUAGGGUUCUUCUCUUAUAUCUUUACAGUUUUUAACGGCCUUCAGGGUGUUUUCAUUUUUCUGUUUCACAUUUUGCUGAAUGAGAAAUUUCUUUCAUGGAUAUGCAAUUGGAGCAAAUUGCGAUGUAGGAAAACGUCUUUGAAUCAAACCCUGAGCAACCACUUGAACAGCAAAACCUCCACUCGCAGCAUUAACAGCCUUCAAGGAAGUAAACCAAAGACCACAUCUAGUAUUAUGCCAGCCAGAAAAAAAGAUGACUCUCGGAGAGAUUUACAUCAUUGUAAUCUCUCGAAUCGAAACAAGACUGCUCAGUCUUCGCCUGAAGAAACUUGGCCAGAAGACACAACCUCUCGGAUGAGGAUAAGAUUCCAACCAUUGUCACAUGGAAAUGCUAACCCUGCUUUCAGUUAUACGUAGAAAAUAUGGAAAAGACUAUACACCACUUGAAAAAGCUCUUCUAUUGCUCGAUUCUCGUAGUUUUGAGAUAUAAACGUGGGCACUUCUAAUUUAUAUUCAGUGAAACUCUUCUCCCAAAAGAUUUCAUUAGCUAUCACAAUAUUUCAAAAUGAGUUAUGCAUUUAAAAAGCAACUAUAAGAAUUAUGUAUGUUUUUAUAUGAUUGAUUUGUAGAAAUUUGUUUCCUGAUACGAUGUGAGAUUGUCUUUUAAAU